AUGGACAACACAGACACAUAUUUAUUGAACUUUAAAGGCUAUUAUCUUGCACAUUUUACUGCUAAUACUGACCUACUGAAAAAUCUAGAUGAUUUUGAAAUUAGAGAUGAUGAUGUCUUCAUAGUCACAUAUCCAAAAUCUGGUACCAUCUGGGCUCAGCAGAUAUUAAGCUCGAUUUAUUUUGAGGGACAUCGUAACAAAACUGAAAUGGUGGAAACACUUGAUGGAGUCCCCUUCCUCGAAUACGCAGCAGGCAAAAUAGACCAACUCAAGAGACCAUCGCCUCGCCUCUUCUCUUCCCACCUCCCAUAUUAUUUAGCACCAAAAGGUGUCAAGAACAAAAGAGCUAAAAUUAUUUACAUCUACAGAAACCCCAAGAAUAUUUUGGUCUCCUAUUUUCAUUUUUCAAAUAUGAUGGCUGGAUUACAAGCUGCGGAUGAUAUAGAAGAUUUCAUGAAAAUGUUCUUCGAUGGAAAAGUGACAGGAAGCCUUUGCUUUGAUCACAUCAGAGGCUGGUAUGAGCACCGACAUGACUUCAACAUUCUGUUCAUGAUGUAUGAGGAGAUGAGGAAGGAUCUCAGAAGUUCUGUGCUUAAAAUCAGCAGUUUUCUUGAGAGACAACUGAAUGAAGAGGACGUGGAAGCUGUUGUUAAACAGGCAACAUUUGAGAACAUGAAGUUUGAUCCACAAGCAAAUUAUGAGCAAAUUCUAAAACACGACUUGGGGAGAAGAACAGACGAGGGAAGUUUUCUUGCGCAAAGGUACCGUUGGAGACUGGAAACAUCACCUGACUGUGGAGCAAAAUGAGAGAUUUGAUAGAAUAUUCCAAAGCAAGAUGAAAGACUUUCCCUUGAAGUUCAUCUGGGAUCUAAAUGAGGAAUAGAAUUAGUGCAAAAUAAACAUAGAGAAAAUUCACUAACUAGAGAGCAUAUUUUAAUAUGCAUAUUAACUUGUGCUUCUCAUCUGUGUUAAUUAUAAAAUUUUAUUAAUUUAGAAAAAUGAGAACACUAGACUUACAAUGGUUGCCAUGAGUUGGAUGAAUACUUUGAAAUUUUAAAAGUUAAAAUGAUUUGGGAGAGAGUCUGAACUGGUUGCCUGUAUGAUAGAGGGAAAAAACAGAGAGCAUGCAACAUGAAUGGUAAAUAUCUUCAAAGACUUUUCUGUAGUGUGUAUUUUUUCUUUCUCUACGAUUAAAUUUAGGAUCAAUCGAACAUCAAAAUCCCUUUAUUCUUGUAAUUAAACUUUAAUGCUUUGGUUCAAAUCAAUGUACAGAAAUCAGACGUAAACACUUGCAUCUGUUUAAUAAUUUGCCGUACGGCAAAGUUUGCACUAAAGGUCAAGGAUCACAAAUAGAUUAACCAUCUAAUGGUUAAAUCAUUAAUUAUUUAGAUGAAGAAAUAUAGCUGUGUCCACAACAUAUCAUUCACUAAACUAAUUUUAUAUGUAUUUAUAACUAAAUAUUUAAGAUAAAAUCAUUUUGAAUAACUAGAAACAUAUAUGUGAAUCUGUUAAUAAUUCCAAAAUAGAAAAAAACUUUUGAAACAUAAAGGCAAUAUAAGAAACUUUAAGAAAAAGGUCAUUGUAGAUGUAAUUAGUUAUAUUUAAAUACUGGAGUGUGGUGGGCUCUUAAUCCAAUAAAACUGAUGUUAGAAGAGAAAAAAGACACAGGAUGCAGGCUGUGAUGUCACAACAGAAGCUGAGUUUGGAGUGAUGCAUCUAUAAGCCAAAGAUGCCAGCAAACUCCAAGAACCUAGAAGUAGCAAGCAAUGAUUCUCUCCUACAGGUUUCAGAGGGGGUAUGGCUUUACUGACAUCUUGUUUUUGGACUGCUAGCCUCGACAACUGUGAGACAAUAAAUUUCUGCUGUU